AUGGAACCUGAUUCGAGCCCAAGAAGCUGUGAUUUUUAUCUAUUUUCUUUUUUUUGUUGCAGUGAAAUAUAUUGUCAUGGAGACCUGCUACAUUACGUGCAGUUGGGAAGUGGAAUACGAGAUUCUAAAGAAUUUGUAGACAUGAAAAUGAAAUAUGGACCUUCCAGGACCUUAGAAAUAUUCAAUGAAAUGAUGAAUGAAACACAAGGAAAACCUAAUAAGCAAGACAUUUUGAAUUUCCUUGCAAAAGCAUUUGAAGAACCAGGGAGCGAAUUUGAAUUCUGGGAUCCAGUCGAUUGGAUACCAAACCCCAAAUUUUUAAAUAAAAUUCAAGAUCCAGACUUCCGUCGAUUCGCAGAACAUUUAAAUAGUCUCUGGAAAUCAUUGGGCCGUAAAAUGAAAGAUGCAGUUAAACAAAGUCCUGAAUUCUAUUCCAUUAUCUAUGUGCCUCAUCCUGUAAUUGUACCUGGAGGUCGGUUUAGAGAAUUUUACUAUUGGGAUUCAUUUUGGAUUAUCAGAGGUUUACUUUUGUCAGAAAUGCAGUCAACUGUCAAGGGAAUGCUAGAGAACUUUUUAUCCAUUGUUGAAAGGUUUGGAUUUAUACCCAAUGGAGGUCGUAUAUAUUACGCAAUGCGUUCACAACCACCAUUCCUCAUACCGAUGGUUCAAACUUAUGUAGAUACCACUCAGGAUUAUGAGUUUAUUGAAAAGAAUAUAGAUACUCUGGAUAAAGAAUUUCAACAUUGGAUGGUGAAUCACACAGUUAACAUUAAAAAAGAUGGAAAAGUGUACACUCUAGCAAGAUACAAGGACAAUUCUAAUGGCCCAAGACCCGAGUCAUACAAAGAAGAUUAUGAGAGUGCGCACUUCUUUCACACUGAAGAAGACAAAGAAAAUUACUACUCUGAACUUAAAGCAGCUGCUGAAUCUGGCUGGGACUUUUCGAGUAGAUGGUUUGUUCUGAAUGGCACUAACAAAGGCAACCUGACAAAUUUGAAAGUCAGGUCCAUAAUUCCUGUGGAACUUAAUGCAGUUCUAUAUGGAAAUGCCAAAACAUUGGCCAAUUAUUAUUCAAGAUUUAAAGACUUUAACAAAUCUGAAAUGUAUAAUGACAUUGCUGAGAAGUUAAAAGAAGCUGUGACAGCUGUUCUGUGGCACAAAGAAGUUGGUGCUUGGUUAGAUUAUGAUAUGAUAAAUGAUAAACGACGUGAUUAUUUCUAUCCAACCAAUAUUUCUCCUUUAUGGACUGGCUGCUAUGAUACAACACACAAAGAGCAAUAUGUAGGACGUGUACUCAAAUACUUGGAGCAUAGUCGUGCCACAGUACUCCUAGGAGGAAUCCCAACAACAAUGGAACUGUCAAAUGAACAGUGGGACUACCCUAAUGCAUGGGCUCCAUUGCAGCAUCUGUUUGUGGAAAGCCUGGAUGCUACAGGUGAUCCAUGGGCAAAAGAAUUGGCAUAUCAAAUUGCACAGAAGUGGGUACGCUCCAACUUUAAAGCUUGGAAUGAAACAGGAAACAUGUAUGAAAAGUAUGACGCAACCAAACUAGGUGGUCAUGGAGAAGGUGGUGAAUAUCGAGUUCAGUUGGGAUUUGGAUGGUCCAAUGGGGUUGUCAUGGAUUUCUUGGAUAAAUAUGGUCACAACAUAACUCUCAGAGACAAAUUUGAAGUGGUUCAGACCUCCAGUGUGGCAACAAUCUUGUCAGCAACCAAAGAAAGUCAGAUCCUGACAGCUAUUUAUGCUCUACUUGCCACACUUGCGGCAGGAAGUAUAGGGUGAGAAUUUUUAAUUUAAUGUCAUUAGAUAGAAUUGCGAGAGGAUAUUUCGAGGUCUUAAUUUCCUGUUUAUGCUGCUGAUGAAUGGCCUGUACACAGGUUUGAAAGAAGAAGGGAGAGGAUGGACAAAAUAAAACUUAAUCUGCUGUUAGAGUAGGUUAGAGUCAUGAAAACUUGUACCUUCGAAUGUACAGAAAAUAUGUAAUAUUUAUUAGCUUUCUAGAAUAUGCUGUUCCUAUUUGUUUUGUGUACAUGUUCUUGAUGGCAUGUGCAAUGUGUAUAAGCGAAUGAAAGAGUUUUAUAAUGAAGAGAAAAGAGGGAAAUAAUUAUCCAGAUUUGAUACUUCUUGAUAGUUAUCAUUAAUGUAAAAUGAAGUUUUGAUUUCCAUAUGUGUAAAAAAUACUACAAAUACAACUAGACACAAACAAAUUUACACAUAUGAACAUUGUAAUGCACGCACACACUCUACAUCAAACUAACACACACAAAUCACAUACACACAGUAUUCUCUAGAUAUUAAAAUAUUGAUAUUUUAAAUAGUACUUACUGUGUAUUUAAACAUUUUGUUAGAUUGUUCCUUUAAUUACCUUACAGUAAUAUUUGGAAUAUCUAUAUGUAUCAAUAAUUUCGUAUCUAUAUGUAUGUUCUUCUAGCACAAAAUUUCUCUUUAUUUUAUCUUUAAAUUUCAAGCAUGCCUUAUAUAUGCUGAUUUACUUUUCUCAAAACUAUUUCUGUCUGGGUAAUAAAAAAUUGCAGCCUGAUAAACUUCAUGCAAAUUUCACAGAAGCUAGAAUAUAUUCUUUCUGAAUAACUUGUAAUGAUGUAUCUGAUGUGUAGUAAAUCUAUGCCUGUAUUUGUUCAGUUAAGCCUAUGUUUUAACAAUUUUCAUUGUAGGUCUCGUAUUGUGGGGUUAGAGGUUGGAUUUGGGUAUAAAAUCUUAAGUGAAAUUUCAGGAUUUACUUUCAUCUUCAUUAGUAGAAAAAAGCAUUCAUUCCCAGCCUGCCUGCUCUAAAUAAUUGCUUGAGGCCAGAAAUUAUAUUACCUUAGCGUUCUAGUGUUGUGAUAAAAAUAAUAGAUCAUAUCUCCACGAAUGCCAUGAGUGCCUUACCAUAGAGAUUAGAUAGUUGUUUCUCUAUGGCUUUAUAAUUAGCUGUUUUUAGUUAAUAUGAAAAGUUAAUUUACACGACAUCCUUUUGAAUAUUCCUAAAUUCAGUUCAAUAUUUACUACAAAUUGCAUUCCAGAUACUGUUAUAUCACAAUGGCAAAUCCCAUUUUUUAAGCUGAUAUUAUUUAAUUUUCUAAGUAGUGCAUUAUUCCAAUUCAUCCAUUGAACCAAGAAUCUAUUAUAAUGGCAAAAUAAAAUCCAGCUUCAUAGAGUUGCAUUAUUUUUCAGAAGAAAAAUAUUUUUCUCUGCAAAAUUUCUUAUGUUAGUAUCUUAACUUUUAAAACAUUUGAAUAGACAUACAGAAGUUCUGAACUUAAAUACCAUUUGUUACAUACAUAUAUUUUGGGGUUCCAUUCCAAAGUUAGGGUACUCUUCUAUAGAGUAGUUUUAUUUCACAUUCUUUACAGAAAUAAUAUAGUAAUUCCUCUUCUCUCCAAAACAACUUAUCCUGAUAAACCCCAAUAUACCCUAAUAUACAUUGUACCUGCCAUGAAAAUCCUACUUAUCGCAUGACUGCAGUAGAAAAGUAAAUAAUGUUGGACAUUCAUGAUCUUUGCCUAUUUUUGAUAUCAUGGAGAUAACUUCAUCAUUUUGCUUGUAUAAAUGAGUAAACUAGACAAACCCUUUUUCCAUUAUACUUUUGGGGCCUUGGAUUGAAUGAAGAAUUUUUACCAAAUUUGCAUUGUAUUUGAAACUGUAUUUCUUAAUAUAUUUCAAAAUAUUUAUAGUUGAGUUCACUGUAGCUCUUUCAAUGAUAGUAAAAGUGCUACCCCAGUAUUUAUACCAUUCCAGUUAUUUCAUAGGCUACUCAGGAUGUGAGUAUCUAUAUACUUCAUCUUACAGAAAGAGAACACCCUUCUGCAAGCAUGUUAUGUUGCCUUAGCUUGUUAUGAAUGUCUUGUUAUGGGGAAGAAUCUGCUCUUUUAUGGGGCUACUAAAAUAGUUUGGUACUCUGGAAUUUGUUGCUUGCCUGAACAAAAAGUACCACUUAUACAUUUUUUCUAACACUUUAAAUAUGAUUUUUUUAAUGAAAUGUUUCUUUAAGUGCACUUCAGUUGUUGAAUUUAACUAUCAUUGUAUUUAAAAUCAUAUGAACUUGAAAGCCUAAUUUAGUAUUUAAAAGUAGAAAUCUCAUGUAAUAUUGUGUCUCUUGGUCGUAAAUGUUAUUUCACUCCCUUGGUUAUAUUGACAGUCUUUAGAAGUUUCAUCAUUUCAAUACUCGAUACCUUUCCUUAUGGUAUGCAUUGUGCAGCUGUUGAAUUUGCAUUGCAUUUUCAUUAUGUUAAAAUAUUCUUACAUAAUCCCUCUUCAUUUGUGUGAUAUUAUCUUUCUUUCAAUAAUUUAUAUUUUUUGUAUUUUUUGUUUUUCCUUUGGAUCCCGUCUUUCGUGUCUUAAUGUAGAAAACUUAUGAAGUAAACCAGCAUGUUUAUUUUUAUAUUUGAGAUUUAAUCUAAAUCACGAGAAUCCCAAAUGUACCUUUACCAACUACCUUCUUCGUGUCUCAUUACACUGCCAUUACAGUGUAUUUAUUUCACUUUAAUUUUGUUGACAAUUUUGAGUAAUAUUGCAUGCUUACACAUUCUUUUUCUUUUCAAUAACUUAACUUAACACUUGUAUUCAUGUGAAAAAGACAUGCUCUUUUCUUUAUCGUGAUAUCAUGAACUGUUGCUUCUAAUUUUUUUUUAAAUUUCUAUUUGUAAUUUUCUUACAAAAUAAUUUUCAAAAAGUUAGUAUUUAUGUGCAGUGCUGUUCAUUUAUAUGUGAUAUUUAUUUGAAUUAAAGAAAAAAAUGUUCUGGUUUGUCAUGUUAUUCAUGUUGAUAACUCUUGAAGGUCUUGUUGUAAAUUGAUGUGCCUGAACAGGAAAAUUAUUCACUGGUGUGUCAAAGUCAUCAUUUUAUUGGCAUUUCCUUUUACAAUUUUAGGAGAAGGUACCAUUAAUUAAUUUUCUAAAUUCAUUUAAUUGCUUAUUUUAUGUCGACUGUAUUUUUCCUCCUAGGUUUAAUGUCAGUUUGUUUCUCAUUUUAUACUUUAAUUGUUGUGAUAAAAUUGCUUCAAUUUUAUUGUGUGAAUGUUAUUUAAUGUCCUUCUCAUGAAGAAGAUACAGAGAAUUGUGACGCAAAUAAUUAAUUAUUAUACCAAAUCACAUUUCAUUUUUAUAUAAUUGUUGCAAGUAAUACUGUUCUACAACUAGCAUUGUGAUAUCGUAUAUUCAAGAUAUGUAUAUUGGAUAAAAAGGUACCAUUUAUAAAAGAUCUUGAUUUUUAUUAGAAACCUUUGUGAAAUUCAAAUCAUUUGUUGCCGUUAAAUCAUUCCGGUUUCCUCUGUUGUGAGUUGUUUGUUUGUGUUUGUAUAUAUGUAGGUAUGAAUGUACAGAAUACACUUUAAUUUAUAAAUGAGAUAUUGUUUUCAUUCAACUAUUAUGACUAAUCAAGCUUGUAAUCCUUGGGUAAUUAAGGGAUAUUAGUCUGAAGAAAUUUAAAUCAAAACCACUCAGUAUUUCUUUAAAAGUAAUUUUUAUUUUGAAGAUUGAAAAUAAAUCAUUAUCAAAAUUGCUACUUAACAUUUUUUGACUCUUUUGUUUGUAAAUUCUUUUAUAAUACUGUAGAAUGUUUGAAUCAUACUGUUGAAUGUUUAUUAUCAUUUAAAUUUGACAUUAAACUGAAUAUUUUCAGAAUCGCUUUGCCUUUGUCCCUUAUAUUGGCAUUCCAAAAUGAGUGUAUUCGACAGUACUAGGCUCUCUCAUGGUACAAACAACAGAUUAGUUUAUUUGAAUUAUUAUUAGUUUAUUUUGUUAGAGAUUGACUAUUACAUUUUCAAAAACUUAUGCGUUUUAACGUGCAUAUGUCUAUAUAUUGAUGGCCAAAUUUUAACAAUGGGUAUCUCAAAAAUUGCAACUUUUCAGAAGAGAGAAUACAUUGCAUAGUUUCCAUUAUAAGCUAAUAAAAAUGCUAAUAACUAAUUUCUGUAAUUCUAUCAAAUUCUCAGUAUUGUUUCUAUGAAAUGUGUCAUUGGUAGAAGAUGUAAUUAUCUUUCAGAUUACAAUAUUGUGAGUUAUUAAAAUUUAGCCAUCGAUAUUGACCCAUCUAUUUUGUAAUAUCAUUUUCACUACUCCUAGUAAAAUAUUACCUUUUUGAUUUUUAACUGAUGUGAUUAAUUUUAAUUUCUAUUGAUGACUGAAUAUAAACUUUACUGUUUUCUGCUUUACAUUAUAUUGCUGUUUACAUUAUAGUGCUGUUUCAGUUACAUAUGUUGCGUAUUCUUCAAUUACAUUGGAAUGGAGUUAGCAUAAUUGUAUAUUUUAUAAAAGUUUUGUAAAUACUAUACACAUUACCUAUAUUCAGUUUUGUUUCUAUUAGUAUGUAAAGAAUUUUCUUUGCUCUCACAUACUCCACAAUUUUUUUUAAACAAUGUCACGAAAAUUUUUGUAUAUUAAUUUUUGCAUAUUAAUUUUGCAUAAGGAAUGAUGAUUUAAUCUUUUCAAAGAAAUAAUUACCUAAGGAUUUAUGAAGCAAUUGUCAUAAUCUCACUUAAUAUAUAUAAUGUAAACCAUAGAGCAUAAUUGUUCUUAAAUUUUUCUCUUAGUUAAAAUUAAGAAAACGUUAAGUUUCUACGUAGGUUAUAAUUAUUAUUGUUACCCUUUGUGCCAUUUAGUCUUUUAUUGAUAAUAAAUCUUCUAUCUCAAGUCUUGGUAUGAGUGUAGCUUCUGUACUGUUUGUAAAAUAUAGUACAAACUUGAAAUAGUUAUUCUCCUCUAUUGCAGUGCAAGCAUACUUUUUCAAAUGGAUGUUUUCUUCAGUUAAAUAAUUAUAUUUUACCACUACGUUUUAUUGUUCAUUUCAGAUUCUGAUUAAGGCACAAUUUUACUCUCGUUAUAAUAUUUUUUGACACAUCACGAUAUACAAAAAUCCUGAUUAUAAUAAUAGCAUUGUUAAAUGCAAAAAGUUGUAGGUUUAUGAACAAACCAAAAAUCAGGGCAACUAAUGUAUUGUGAAAAGUGUUUAAGUCAGUAUUAUCACAAUAAUUUUACUAGGCCUAUUCUGUGAAGUAGAUCAUUGUUGCAGUGAGUAGUAUAUAGGCAUGUCAAGGCAAUCAAGUUUGAAAAUAAAACUCAUUUUGUGAAUUAAGAAACUACCAGGGUUGGAUUUAUAUAAGGCAAAGUGAGCAUGUGUGCCUAGUAAAAUUUGGAGUAAGGCAUAACUUUUCACAAACAUAAUACUAUACUGGAAGGUAGCGACAUAAAUAUUCCAACCCAAUUGCAUUUGCUAAUUCUCAUAUUUAUUACUGAGAACCAAAAUUGCAGAUAAAAAGGACAUAAAACAUGGUUCCCUUUGAUUUUUAAAGUAUUUUAAAAUUUAUUUCUGUUUGAUUUUAUUUUGUCCCGUCCUUUUUUAACUGCUUUAAUUAAACCCAGCCCUGGAAAGACUUUGACAGAUUGGCAUACAUGUGCAUUUAAAAAGUUUUUAUGAUCUUUACAGUAUUCGAAAGGUGAUCGAAUAAGAUAAUGAAGGUUAUUUUUUUCACAAGUAUUUGCAUAAAAUAUACCAGAAUUGUUACCAGAGUUAUCAGAGUAUUACUGAAGAAUAUAUGUGAUAUGUUCUGAAAUAUAUGUAUUUGUUGUUUUUUUAUAUAGAAAAAGACUUAAUUAUUGACCUACCAAAGAUAUAGUAUGAUGAGAUUUGUUUAUGUAUACCAUAUUCCCUGUUAUUUAUGUAAAUAAUGUGGAUUAAUUUGUUAUCUUAGCCACAUCUUCAAUGUCUUUAUGUAUUCAACUUGAGCAUGUUUGUAAGUUUCUGUCUUCUAAUUUCUGUGCCUAUCGUUGUUGAAAAUUAAUAGUUCCCUGUUUUGUGUUAUUUUGUUCUGAAAUUGAUGUAUUAACCUGAAAUAAAUUCAUUGAUACAUUAAUAAUUAACUGGUGCUUACCCUAAAAAUGCACAGAUCAUGUUUUUUUUUCAAAUUCUUGCAUUCUCCAAAAAUGCAGGUUUGUUUGUUUUAUGUUUGUAAUGGAUUCAUCUGAAAAAGUGUAACAUUGAAGGUUGUUUUAUUUAAUUAGCAUCAUGAUGAUCUGGUUGAAGUGUAUUAUGAAUAAGUUAUAUAGUUCCUUAUUUACACAACAAAUUCCACAUUCGUGUUAUCAAGUUUUUUUCAUACAGUUUUCAAAUAAUGGAGGUUUUUAUUGAUGAAAUGCUAAUUAAAUUAUUAUUAUUAGGUUAAUUCUUUUUGCUAUUUCUGAGUUCAGAAUAUUUAAUUUUGAUAAAAUUGAUGGAGUUUGGAGUUAUUAACAUAAUCAUAAUACAUUAUGCAACCUUGAAUAUGUUAUAAAUGAGUAUAUGUUGUUACUUGUUCAUAUACUCAUACUAGCAUGCAAUUCUUUGCACGUAUUGUAUUUUUUUGUGUACCCGUAUGCAUGUCUGAAUGUAGAAGAUAUUAUGCAAGUUGUGUUUCAGUCUUUUUUGAGAUUGUGAAAUAAAGAUUUUAUUCUAAUGAAAGUAUUUAACAUGUUUUAAACAAGGAGACAAUGUGAAAGCAAUUCCUACUAUUUCAGAAAAGGAAGGUAAAAAAUAGUAGCAGUUGUCUUCUCAUUGUCAUUCAUUACCAUUUUUGUUUGUUAGAAGUAUUAUUCAGUUUAUUUGAUGCUCCAUUUAUGUCCUUCUGACAAUACCACGAAAGAAAAAAAAUUAAUUACAAUUUGCGUAGAUCAAAAUCCACAUCUGCUCUCAAUAUGUACACUCCACAUUCUUGUUAGUUGAAAAGAGAACGUAUGUCAAAAGAAGGCAAUUCAGUUCUGUGUCAGUCUUCAUAAAACCUUUUCAAAUAAAAUGUUUUUUUAAACUACGACAGGAAGUGAA